UAAUUCUACAUUUCUAGUAAAUGAAUAAUUAAUUUUUCACGAUAAAAAACAAAAAUUUUAUUAAAGUUUGAAGAAUUUUAAUUUUUGAGAUUAAAAGUUUUUUUAAUAAAGAAAAAAAAGAACGUAUGUAAAGUUCCAUGUAGGUAAAUAAAAAAAAAUAAAAAAGAAAUAGCUACUUACUGUAUUUAGUUAAAAAAAAAAAGAAAUCAAAAUCAGGAAAUUUAUUCCACUUUCAAAUCUUGAAGAAAAAAGAAAGUUGCUUAAAAAAAAAUUAUAGCUAAUUGGCAUUAUCUUUGUGUUACCGUAGAGACUUCAGCAAUAUUCUGGUUUUAGUGUUUUUAGUUGGUUUCUUUAUGAAAAAAGCCAGCUAUUAAUGUUUUGCCAUCAAUUACAUAUACAUAUAUGUAUGUAAAUAUCUAUAGAUUUAAUGUUGCUGUCAAAUAUUCUUUUUUACAAACGCUGAUUAUUAAAAUUAAUAUUUUUAAAAAUUUCUGCAAAAACAAAAAAAGACAAGAAAAGUACUGAUUUACUGUUUCAUCUAAACUUAAAAGACUAAACUAAAAAGACUUAAAAAGAAAAUAGUAUAUAAAUAGUAGCAUUUUUAAACAGAAUGGCGUGGAGAUUUAAAGCAUCUAAAUAUAAAAAUGCUGCCCCAAUAGUACCUAAACCUGAAGCAUGUAUACGUGAUGUAUGCGUUGGAUCAUAUCAAACAUAUGGAAAUAACAUUGCAGCAUCUGCUGCCUUUAUGGCAUUUAACUGGGAACACGUUGGUUCAAGUUUGGCAAUUCUUUCUCUGGAUGAUUGUGGACGUAAAAGUAAAACAAUGCCAUUGUUACAUGCACACACAGACACUGUAACCGAUAUAAUGUUUUCACCAUUUCAUGAUGGUAUAUUGGCGACAGCAUCACAAGAUUGUUUAGUUAAAAUAUGGCAUAUACCAGAAAAAGGACUCGAACAGUCAUUAGAAAAUCCAGAAUGUACAUUUUCACAUAAACAAAGACGUGUGGAAACCGUUGGAUUUCAUCCAACUGCCGACUGCUUACUAUAUUCUACGGCGGCUGGUACUGUUACUUUGUAUGACAUUUCUGUACAAAAGGAAUGCUUUUGUAAUAAUGAGCACACAGAAGUUAUUCAGUCAUUAAGUUGGAAGCAAGAUGGUACUGUAUUUGCUACAAGUUGUAAGGAUAAAAUGGUACGUAUUAUUGAUCCGAGAGCGGCGGCUGGUCAAAAUAUACAAAUGUCUGUUGAUAGUCAUCAAAGUAUUAAAGACUCUCGGGUAGUAUGGUUAGGAGACCAAUCAAGAAUCUUAACAACUGGAUUUGACGCAGCCCGUGUUCGUCAAGUUAUAAUAAGGGACAUAAGAAAUUUUUCAAUUCCUGAAAAAUUACUUGAGUUAGAUUGUUCAACGGGUAUUUUAAUGCCACUAUUUGAUCCAGAUACGAAUAUGCUUUUUCUUGCUGGAAAAGGCGACACUACUAUCAAUUACAUGGAAGUUACAGAUAAAGAUCCGUACUUAAUAGAAGGAUUACGACAUACGGGCGAACAAACAAAAGGAGCUUGUUUGAUACCAAAAAGAGCUUUGAAAGUUAUGGAAGGUGAAGUUAACCGCAUUUUACAACUAACGUCUAACAUGGUUAUACCAAUUAUGUAUCAAGUUCCCAGAAAAACAUACCGUGACUUUCAUAGUGAUUUAUAUCCCGAUACAAAUGGUUAUAAAACUGAUUUGACAGCGAGUCAGUGGAUGUCUGGCACAAAUUUACCUUUACCAAAAAUGUGUUUAGAUCCAAGUAAACGCGAGCAUGGUGACGCUCCGAUUGUUCCGCGGUUGGGCCCGAAGCCUUUUUCAAGUAACGCUGGAGAUGUUUCAUUCGAUAAAGUUUUUUCAGUACCACAUGCCCCUGGUUCUAUCGAAGUUGAUAAUUUGAAUUUUGGUGAACAAAAGAUGGUAAACGAUACAAAUGGGGUGGAGUGCGAGUCUAAAAAAAUAUUUUCAUCACCUGAUCUAGUUGAAAUUCAAAUUAAGAAAGAAGAAAGGGAUCUUGCAGAUAAUAGUAAAAAUGGUCAUGAAGAACAAAAAUCUUUAACCACCUUAGAAAGACGAAAGUACGAGGAUGAGGACGAAAAAGAUAAGUUGUUUGAAAUGAAUAAUUCAGAAUCUUCUGGGAACUCUACAGAGUCUGAAGACAAACCAGAUGAACUAAAGCGUUUAUCUAGCAACCGAAGUAGUAUUGCUGAAAGACGUCGUUUAUACGAAAAUCGUUCUAAAAGUAUGCAAGAUGAAAAAGCACAAUCACCAGUCCCGUUAUUAAGACGUGAUACGAUUGCAAAAACUGAAGCAGACAAUAAUGUAAUUCGUCAGUCUAUUUCUUCACAUGAAAAUACAGAUAAAUUAACAAAAUGUGUUGGCAAUAAAAAACAUAAUAGCACCUCUUCAGGCGCAAUUGAUUCGAAUAAGGAUAACUCUGCGACAUAUACAAAACGCACAUCUACCGUUUUUGGUAAAGUAUCCAAAUUUAGGCACUUGAAAGGAACACCAGGACAUAAAUCCACUCAAAUUGAAAACGUACGUAAUUUGAGUCGACAAAUUCCAGGUGAAUGUAAUGGUUUUCAAGCAAACCAUGAAAGAGUUGCCGUACCAUUAUCUGGACCAGGGGGUAAAGUUGCUAUUUUCGAGCUAAGUAAACCUGGUCGUUUACCAGAUGGUGUCAUACCAUCACUCGUUAAUGGUUCAAAUAUUAUGGACUUCCAAUGGGAUCCUUUUGAUUCAAAACGAUUAGCGGUUGCUUGCGACGAUGGAGUUGUAAGGUUUUGGUUAAUACCAAAUGGUGGCCUUACUGAACCAACAAAUAAGUCAGAAGCUGAAUUAAUUGCUCAUUUAGAUAAAAUUUAUUUUAUUAGAUUUCAUCCGCUAGCUGAGGAAGUCUUUUUGACAGCAAGUUACGACAUGACCAUUAAGCUAUGGGAUUUAAAAGCAAUGAAGGAAAAAUUGUGUUUAAAGGGACACACAGAUCAAAUAUUUGAUUUUCAAUUUAGCCCUUGUGGUGUUUAUGGAGCCACUGUUUGCAAAGAUACAAAGUUACGCAUUUACAAUAUAAGAAAAUCGGAGAAUCCAAUUCGCGAAGGAAAUGGUCCUGUUGGUACGAGAGGAGCUAGAUUGGCUUGGGCCAUAGAGGGACAAUACCUUGUCGUGACGGGAUUUGACAAGGUAUCAGAAAGACAAAUUAGCAUAUAUAACGCUCAGAAUUUAUCAACAUGUUUGGGAACAGUUAGCCUAGAUGUUUCUCCAUCAAUUUUAAUCCCGUUUUAUGAUGAAGAUAGUUCAACACUUUUCGUGACUGGAAAAGGUGAUUCAACAAUAUAUUGUUAUGAAAUAACAGACGAAGAACCAUACAUCUGUCCAUUAUCACAUCAUCGAUGCUCAAGUUUGCAUCAGGGUUUAAGCUUUUUGACAAAGAAUCAUUGUGAUGUUGCCAGCGUGGAAUUUUCCAAAGCAUACCGACUUACGAAUACGACAAUCGAACCUUUAAGUUUCACAGUACCCAGAAUAAAGAGUGAACUUUUUCAAGAUGAUUUAUUCCCGCCAACACGCGUGUUAUGGAAACCAGCAAUGUCGGCUGAUGAUUGGUUCUCAUUAAAUGAUAAGCGUGCAAAACAGAUAAGUUUGCAACCAGAAGGAAUGGAUUGCUUAUCAUCAAUACAACCGGUAGUGUCAAAUAAAAAGACUGAUAUUCAACCAGCAUUAAAUUCUUCACAAUUAAUAACGCAAACAGAUUUUGAAAAAUCACGGCAACAAAAGAUUCAAAAAUCGGUUAGCGCGCGCAUGGAAUAUAAUACAAAGUUGGAGCAAGAUACAAUGGAAGGUGUAGAUGAGAACGAAUGGGAUGAAUAACUUUACAAAUGUAUAAUAAUUUUCAAAAUUUUUUAUUCUUAUCAAUAAAAAAACAAAAUCUUAAUAAUAUGUAUAAUUUAUUAUAUUAACUUUUUAAUUCUACAAGAGGAUUUUAUUAAGUUUCUUUUGUAAUGAAUGAAGAAAUAUUUAUUUAAAUGUUGUAAAUAUUUAUUUCUAUUUUUUUAUAUUUUAAACUGCGCUUACAUUUUUGUCUUUUAUAUGAAUUGGAUCAAUUGCUUAACAAAAUAAUAUAAUGCUUUUUAUUGUAUUUUUCUUUCAAAUUUUUCUGUUUAAAAUUAGAAACACAAAAUAUGACUAACAAAUAAGUAGCAUUAUUCAUAGGAUAUUAUUAAUAUCCAUUUGUAAAAUUUUAAUUUAAAAAAAGUAAAAAGCAGAGUUUUAAAACUUCUUAAG